AUGCCUUUACAUACAUUUUACUCCUUCCUUCGUUUCGACACAUUCAAGUCUUUGGAAACUAGAGGUAUGGGUAAGCCUUACGAACUCUUCAGCAUUGGAUGUGGAAGGCGGAUUGAGCGAAGUGCACGAGAGGAGUGGAGCCAGGUGAGGGAGAGGGAGAGUUAA